AAAUAGUGAGGAGAUGGCUAUAGAAAUGGAAGAGUAUAGCAGAACAAAGAAAGUACGGAGUAUGUAAAGCUUAUCUGAAUUGAGCAGCGAAGGAGCAUAUGGCGAUCGAAAUUGAAACAAAAAAAAUUAACUACGCAGCGGAAUUGAAGAUUAUGGCGGAGCAGAGCAUAUCGAAAAAAAAGUGAACAUUGAACCAGACAAAGAUGACGAUCAGAAUACCUUUGGCGAUCGCGAUGGGAAGAUGCCGAUUGAUUUUCGUGCGAUUGGGUGAAGGGUAGCGGAUAGUUGAUUACCUUAUUUAGCCAAAUUGGCCUCAUCUAAAAUCCAUUCUUAACCUUACCUCCAUCUACCUCCCUGUACCUCACUCACUUACAUAUCAAUUUUUGUUACCAAGUCGGACGAGUGAAUCCGCCGAAUUCUUCCACAUACGUCCAACCCAACCUAAGGGGUUGAUUUGCUGCAUGAGAGGGAGCAAAUAGAUGGUUAUUUAUUAGUCAUCGAUUGCAUAGUGUAAUAGUGUAAUGAGUUUGGCUUCACAAUUAAGGCAUCGUUUGCCUCAUGUACUCUUAAGACAUCCUAUUCUGUACAAUGCAACUGCACAAUAUCCUGCUGCCAGGUGGACUCGGAACUUUGCUCAACAAAGUGCCAGGAAAGAGGAAGAAGAAAAUGAAGGAGUUGAGAUCGACCAGAGAAGGCUCCCAGCCGAUUAUGACCCUUCAACAUUUGAUCCAACAGAGCAUCGCAGUCCUCCAACAGACAGAGUGUGGAGGCUUGUUGAUGAAGUUUCCGGGCUCUCACUGCUUGAAGUAGCAGAGCUGUCUGGGAUUUUGAUGAAGAGGUUUGGUUCUGUGGUGGGGGUAAUGUCUAUGAAGAAGGGUCCCACAGCCGGAGCAGCCGAGGAAGAAAAGAAACCCGAGAAGACUGUGUUUGAGCUAAAGCUAGAGUCUUAUGAUGCUGCUCAAAAGAUCAAGAUUAUCAAGGAGGUCCGCGGUGUCACUGAUUUAGGCCUCAAGGAAGCAAAGGAUUUGGUGGAGAAGUCGCCUGCAAUAUUUAAAAAGGGUGUGUCAAAGGAAGAAGGAGAGCAGAUAAUUGAGAAGUUGAAAGCAGUUGGGGCUAAAGUUGUCAUGGAAUGAAACCUUAAGUCCUUAACCAACCAAUCAACAUUUUGUUUUUCAAGUUUUAGCAAUUUCAUGCAUUCCCUCCACUGCUGAGAAUUCAGAAAUAAUUUUAUAUUUCACUAGCAUUCUUGCAAGUUGCUUAUGAAUUGCAUAUGUGCAUUGUUCAAACUAAUGGCAGGUGACCCUUGAGAAGUUUUGGCUUAUGAGUAGUAGUAAACUAUGUGCAUUCCACCAAGCCAAGGUGUGUGAUGCUUCAUUUGGUUUUAUGAUGUGAAAAUGUUAUGGGCAAAUUCAUAUAAAUUCUUCAUUCUGUAUAACUUGAGUUAUUAAAACAAGGAUUCUGGCUCUUUGUUUUUG